CGGUGCUGCAGAUCCCCCUAAAGCCACGCGCUCCAGCGCGCGUGUGAAGGCUGCUGCUGCCGCACCUCCUCCGCCUGUACCCGCUUCGGCGCCUGCGAAACCCAAAGCCUCUGCGAAGGGCAAAGGCAAGGGCAAACGCGCUAGGGACGACGACGACGACGAAGCAGAGAAGGAUGCCGACACCAGCGCGCCCGCUCCGAAGAAGACGAGGGGCAAAGCAGCCACUAAGAAAGAAGAAGAUGCGAAGGCCGAUGGCGACGCAAAGAACGACGCUAAAGACGCGCAGGAGGAGGAAGAGGAAGAGGAAGAAGAGGAUAAGCCUGCUCAGAUGAAAACCGUGAUCAAGCGAGGUGCAGCUCCUGUGGACGAAAUUUCGGGCUUGGUUUCGACCCAUCAAGUGUUCGCAGACGCGGAGGACGUCUGGGACGCGACGCUCAACCAAACGAACAUUGGCAAGAACGCAAACAAGUUCUAUGUUAUCCAGCUCCUCCAUCCUAUCGGCAACCCCGCAUCGUGCACGUUGUAUACCCGUUGGGGCCGCGUCGGUGAGAACGGGCAAUCGCAGAAAAAGGGACCAUUCCCGGCGCAAAGUGCGAAGAGCGAGUUCAAGAAGCAAUUCCGCAACAAGUCGGGCGUCGCUUGGGAGCAGCGCAAGACGGCCAACCCCGUAUCCGGGAAGUACUCAUGGAUCGCUCGCGAUUACGACAACGAGGAGGAAGAGUCCAAAGAGAAACCCAAAAGCAAGAAGGACAAGAAAGAGGGUGAGAAGGAGCAGAAGAAGCUCGAAGUCGCGGAUUCUGCCUUGGAUCCAGGCGUGCAGGCUUUCUGCAAGCUCAUUUUCUCUACAAGUUAUAUCGACGCCACCCUCUCUUCGCUCAACUACGAUGCCAACAAGCUUCCUCUCGGCAAACUCGCGAAGUCAACCAUCCUCAGAGGUUUUGAGGCGCUCAAGGCCCUCUCCGAGGUGAUUGACAACCCGGCAUGUGCGAGGGCACAGGAGCUAGGUGGCUUCCAGAAUGCGUGUCGCGAGCUUAGCGGACGAUACUAUUCUAUCAUACCGCACGCUUUCGGUCGCCGGACUCCGACCACGAUCGAUACCAAAGAGCUCCUGAAGCGGGAACUCGAUCUCGUCGACGCCCUGGGCGACAUGGAGAUCGCCUCCAAGCUCCUCGCCGACGACGCGAACAACAAGCACCUCACGCCCGACGGCACGAAGCUGCUUCACCCGCUCGACGCCCAGUUCGCCGCGCUCGACCUCGCGCGGAUGGACCCCGUCGCGGCGGACUCGGGCGAAUUCACCGCACUGGCGGCGUACGCACGGGACACGCACGGGCAGACGCACUCGCAUUAUCAGGUCAAGAUCGAGCACGCGUUCAGGGUCGAGAGACACGGGGAACCGGACGCGUUCAAGAGCAAGGGGUUCCAUGCCCUUCCCGACGGCGAACGCAUGCUGCUCUGGCACGGUUCGCGUUCUACGAAUUUCGCAGGUAUCCUCAAGCAAGGUCUGCGGAUUGCGCCUCCAGAAGCACCCGUCUCUGGCUACAUGUUCGGCAAAGGCGUGUACUUCGCUGAUAUGAUGUCCAAGUCCGCAAACUACUGCCACUCCUACUUGAGCGGCGGCAUCGGUGUGCUUCUCCUCUGCGAAGUCGCCGCAAAGCCGUUCCACGAGCUCGUCGACGCGGACUACAAUGCCGACCAGGGCUGCAAAGCCAACGGCAAACGAUGCACAAAGGGUAUCGGCCGCACCCAGCCGGGGGAUUGGCAAGAUGCGGGCGAGACGUUGGGCUACGACGAGUUGCGCGGGUGUCAUAUGCCCAAGGGCCCCGGAAAGGAUAUCGGAGGGACCGCUUACUUGCAAUAUAAUGAGUAUAUUGUGUAUGACCCCGCUCAGAUCCGGCUGCGCUACUUAUUGAUGGUGAAAAUGAACUGAGCCGCAACUAUCCCUGGCGAGUGCUCGAUGUUGUUAACUGGUCAUGUUGCUACAAUUUUGUUUGCGUAUGCCGUACCGAUGUUCCGACACUUCAAUCCCUAUCGUUUAACG